ACUGGUUCACACUCUGUUUACCAGCACGCUAUUCCGAGCCGGAACAAGAAUUAUUGGCCUCUGAUGAUGCCCAGCCCUCGCCUAUCAUCAGGCCGCCAAGUGUCCACCAAAUGCUGGAGCAGCACUUCCAAUUACCCGCACUUCUCCCAGGAACCUAUGAGUUUCAAAUAAUGGCUGUCUCGCUUGCUGGAAAUGGAUCCUGGACGACACCGAAAAACUUCACAAUUCCUUCUAGAGAAGAAGCUCUUUCUUUUUCAGGUGACAUAACAUAUUAUUCGGAGCCUGUCUCAUUAUAA